GGAGCGACAUUGCGGAGCGGUUACACGGGCACGGAUUGUUGUGUGUGUGUGUGUGUUUUUUUUCAAACAAAUCUUAUGUAAUGCGUUGUAAUGGUGUCACCGUUGGACAUUGGCGCUUAGAAAAUGGCGCAAUCAGUACGCGGAGUUCCCAAUUCUGGGCGUCGCGGAAGUGAUUUGUGCUCUGAUUGUUUUUCUAGCUCGUUGCCACCUUGUGCGCAAGUUCAGUGGUUGUGUUGCAGAAGCGUGGUGGUGAAUGUAGAACGUUUUACCUGGUACGGAUUUCUUCAACCCUGGUGGUGACAGUGCUUUAUUGUGCUUCUAGGGCGUAGCGAUGACUGAGGAGGAUGACUGGGCGAUAUACAUUGACUGCCUUUGAUUGCUUCAAAGUGUGGCAUCAUUUUGUGGAAUGUCAAAGGACACAGAAGUAGGCCUGGAUUACCAGGAAGAGUAUGGAUAUACGUGCAGCUUCAUAGGAGGCAGCGUGCAUUCAUCUAUAGUCUCGGAAAUGAUAGCAACCGUUACACUCGUUCUGCCUACUUGAUUUCCGAAUUGCCAGCGAUAGCAUCAAGCAUCAUUCUUCAAGUUCACUAACUGGAGAGGUAUUUUGUAUGGUAUUUCUAAUUCUGUUUGUCUCAUUAAAAGGGACAAAAAAACUUUGAGAUACCGGCACAGCGUGGUCCGGAGUGCAUAAAGAUAAACCACUACUACUGGAAUAACCUGAACCGGCCAGGUGCAAUCUAUCGCCCGACCCAACAAUUACGGUAACUUCACACGAGCUAGCACCAUACCUGCACUUCUCAUUGCGCAUUGAUGCACUUGCGACCAGUAAUGAUGGACACGGAUAUGGUAACCCGUCCAGACGAUAAAAACCAGCAACAAAAACCAGCGUACGCGCCAUAUUCUACCACAUCGCUCGAAUGAACGCCAAUGCACAAAUAACCGACGCCCAAGGUAACAAACAAACCGCGCUUGAUGGACUGCGUCUCGCUCUACGCGUCCGCGCGCGCGCGUCUGUGUGUGUGCGUGUUCCAGCCGAAAAACCGUCACCAAAAUAACAUUAGAUAAUAGAAGGCUAAUGCGCCGGCAUUGCGUGCAUGGCGGGAGAGUGAAGAAUGCGAUGCUGGGUGUGGUGAUGGAGAAGGGGUGGCGAGAUGGGAACGGGAGACGCCGCCGCCGCCGCCACCAGCAUGAAACCGGAAUCAAAAUACCGGUUUUUGUAUUUAUUCAUCCGUGCCCCUGACGUUGAUGUGAGGUGGCCUGCUGCUGCUGCUGGUUGCUGGCUUGUCCGCCACUGCCAGUGUCUGUUAUUCUUCUGCAGACACAUCAUGGGACGGUUUGUGCUCGAGUGUUUGGCGGUUUGUUUGCUGAUAACAUUAGUGCGCUGCCAACAAAAUGGGACCUUUACGUUUGCCACGUCGGGCGAUGGUGGUGGUGGCGGUGGUGCUACGGACACGCCGCCGGGCGUCGACCGAUUGCAACGAAGCUCGCAAAAGUUUGCCCUCCAGUUUUACCAGUACGUCACUGAGCUGGUCGACUACAAUCCAAACGUAACGACGACGAACAUAAUCGUGUCACCGUUUUCGGCCUGGAAUCUGCUGACCUUGAUAACGGAAGGCGCCUCCGGUCGGACACUGGACGAGCUGCUGGUCGCACUCGACGUGCAGCAGCAGGAGCAGAUCCGUAACUACUACAAACCGUUCGCCCAAAGCUUCAGCCUACUCGAUCGAGAUGUACAGCUGGCAGCGGCCCAGUACGUCAUCACGGACGAAAAUCGCCCCGUGUCGAAGGACUUUGAAUCCGCUUUGGAUAACUUCUACAGCCCCAGCGUGCUGCAGCCGAUGAACUUUGCCAACCGCAGCCUAACGUACGAACGGGUGAACCGGCUCGUUUCGGACGCCACGCAAGGACAGAUCCCGAAGGCGAUCGAAAUGAGCGAUCUUGAGGAUGCGCGACUGAUCAUGCUUUCGGUGCUGUUCUUCCAAGGACAGUGGACGAUUCCGUUCAAUCGAUCGUUCACCACCAACGUUCCGUUUUACGACGAGAACGAGCAACCGAUCGGUAUGGUGGAGAUGAUGUUUCAGAGAGGCAUUUUCCCGUUUGCCGGGUACAAGGAGCUGGACGCACAGAUCCUGGAGCUACCGUACGGUGCGAAUCGCCGGCUGAGCAUGCUGCUGAUCAUGCCGCGCAAAGGCGUACCGCUGGUGGAGGUGAUCCGCAAGCUGGCCGCAUACGGCAUCGACCGUGUGUUCGACGAACUCGACCGCAGCUUGGUGGACUUUGACGACGACGAGGUGGAGGUACAUUUGCCCAAGUUUGAGUUUAACUCUGACUACAAUUUGAUACCAAUUUUGAAUCAAAUGGGUAUCAGGGAAGCGUUCGAUUCCGGUGUGGCCAACUUUGACAAAAUAUCGGACCUAAACGCAAUUUACAUUAGCAGCGUUAUACAGCAAACCAAAAUCGUCGUCAACGAGGAGGGAACGAUGACGGCUGCCGUCACGACGGGCGUUUUUGCUAACAAGGCAACGCCGCCACGCUUCCUAGCCAACCGUCCCUUCGGUUUCAUGAUCGUUAACCGGCAGCAACGGACGAUCCUGUUUGCUGGACAAGUGAAGCGACCGAAUUUGGUUUAGCGCGCACUAACGAUAUCUGCGUUGCAGUGAGCACUUUCGGAAUGGAAGCAUGAAGACAAAAUGAAUAAAAAAAGGGGGAGAAGUAUUAGUUAAUAAUA